AUGCAUCCGUACACUGAGUUGGGGAUCGUUGAACGGAAUCUGAACAGACGAGUUCAGCGCGAACUGCAGGUGCGAAUUCACUCGAAGAUAAACAUCUGCCUAAUUAUUGCGCUUGUGCUCGGAGUCACUGACUGGCCCAUCGCCUCGAAGACCUCACAUCCUCAAACGACGACCCUGGCCACCACCACAUGCGCGGGAAACUGA